GAGAAGGAGAAACUUUGAAGGAACGCAGAGGAGAAUCUAAGCAAUCCGUUCCAUGACGGACAAUUCAUAGUAUCAGCAGCAGCAUGAGUCAAGGCAAAUGGAAUUGAUAUCAUUUAAAUUUAUAAUUGAUAGUCAAUAUCAAUUUAGAUUUAGUACAAUGAGUAAUAGCAGAAAAUUACAAAGCGUGUUGAUUCAAAGCUUGGAAAAAAUAUAUUUUUGUGGAUGACAACUUCCAUCUCUCUGGCUAGGGCAUUCCAGGAGAUGUAAUUUCCCAAAAGGAAUUUUUCCAAGUUAUGUUCUUUCUCAGCUCAUUCUUCAUUCCUCAAAAGGUUCUGGAAGUUCUCAAGGAGAUUCCAAAAAGGAAUGUCAUUGUCUACACGUUCUGCAAUUGCCCGUUCUUUCCUCUGCAGAGAAGAAGAAUGACAUAGGGUUACCAUCUUCCAGAUCAGGGAUCCCAUUGACCCACUGAAGUGGCCCCCAGCUCUGGUCACCUCCAGGACUUUCCAAUGGAAAUACAUAGAAGGAAAAAUUGUGCUCCGUCGGGAGAGCGUCUUCCUGUUUUGGCAAAGUCUCCAGUCAGACAGCUGCCUGGCAGUAGGCAGUAUGCCUCAAUCAGUGCCAAAUAUAAAGGGCCAGGACCUGGGAAAUAUGGAAGACACCCUUGCACUGGGAUUAAGGACCACGACUUUACCAAAUAUACUGAACCAGCUUACACUAUGCGUGUGAAAUCCUAUGAAAAAAUGAUUGCAUUUGUGGAGAGCCCCGGGCCUUGUUAUUUUGUGGAUCCCAGCCUUUCGCACCUAGGAAUAUGGAAGCCAGCAUCAUUCCGCAUGCAGCAGGGGAGAAAGGUCACAAAAAUUAUCCCGACUCCUGCCCCAAAUGAAUAUUACGUUGAGAAGAUACACCCGAUUGAAGAACCCAAUGCCCCAGCAUAUACCAUAGGUGUGCGGACAUGCUAUUGUGAGAGCAGCCCGACCCCAGGACCCAACAAAUACACCCUUCCAGGGACACUGGGUCCUGGGUUAGUUGUCAAGCCAUCCGCUCCUUGCCUUACAAUGGCUUCCAGCGCAUCAGUGUGGAGCUACGCCAAGGAUCUGGUCAAAGGUCCCGGUCCGGCCAUGCAUGCCAGACCAGAGCCGAAUGUCUACCUCCACCGCCAGCCGGCCUACAGCAUAUCGCAAAAGCUCAAUCCCCCCAGCAAAGACUACAUGCCUGGACCCCUUGACUACAAUGCCGAGCUGGUCAUGGCCCACAAGCCACGAGCACCACGGUUCAGCUUAGGGAUUCGCCACUCCGAAUACACUCACACUACUCCCCCAGUUUGCAUAGUCAAGGAAUGAAAGCGGUCCAGUCAAAUGGGUGGAGAUAGGUCCUAUCCAAAGAGACACCUCCAUUAAGGCCAUAUCUGGCCACAGGUUCAACAACCAUGGCACAAAGGACUCAUUUUUGGUCAGCAACUUAUUCAUGGUCUAUAGAAACUUCUACUGAGCUUUGGCUUAAGCUUAAGCCAUAAGAUGUUUUUGAGAGACCUUCUCUCCAACGUGAUAGAUCUAGUCAUGGUCCGGGCCACCUCCAUUCUUCCUUCUUCCUUAUCUUUCAACUAUAUGAGUGUUUAGCGUUAAGGCACAUACCUAGCAUAGUAUAAAUCUCCCUUUCCCCACUUGAAUUUACUAUCCUGAAGGUAAGAAGGACAACUUACAUCAUUCAUAACUAUUUAGACAUAAUAAAGUAUUAAUGUUUUCACCAAACCACCAAGUUCCCC